AUGCUUGCCUUCAACUCCGUGGUGCUGGCCCUGGUCAGCGCGGCCUGCUUGUGCGCGGCGGACGAGGGGGACGCUCUGCUGGUCGAACUCGCGCAGGAGGUGCUCGACAAUGCCGAGCUGAUCCUGCCCAAUCCCUGGAACGUCGUCGCCAACACCCCGUCGGACAGGGACGUGGGCACCGUCACCGAGCACGAGUGGGCGCCGGCCUACGCGCUCGAGGUGGCCCCGUGCUCGCUCGAGACCGCGGCCGAGAGCAGCGGCGGCGCGCCCACGAUCGCCAUCCGCAGGAUUCUGCAGUCGGAGUCCAAGAACUCCACCGGGCCACCUCCGGCCUACCGCAUGGGGCUCUCCGCCGGAGGCGCAGCUGUGAGGCGCCUCAACGGCAUGGAGAACCCGUCGGCGGCGACGACCGUCUGGGGCUGGCAGAAGCACAAGUACCAGGUGCUGAAGGAGUGGAUGGACACGCAGAUCGCAACCGUCGGCUCGCAGAGUCUGAUGGCCCUCACUGCCAGUGGCGAGAUGCUGUUUGCUGGCUGCGAUGAAGCCACGAUCCAGUCAAAGUACAACCAGAUCCUCGCCGCUGUCGGUAACACCCAGACGAUCGUGAUGGCUGCAGAGGUGAGCCCCUUCCAUGAUGACUUGGGCUAUUCGUACGCGACCACCACUGGCAUCGACAAUGCCAGGAGCACGUUCUUCGCGAACACGGGUCUUGACGACACUUGGGCCACGACUCGUACCACGACGCCCUGCACCAACGGGGUCUGUAACAGUCCGCCCCUGUACCAGUUUGCAAACUCAGCCUUCAUCAUGGGCCCCGUCGGGGACGUCGCAGAGAUGCUCUCCGAGAUGAGCACCUGGGACGACUCGCUGGAGCGCCUGGUCAGCCAGUAUUUCCUCAAGAACCCCGACAAGGUGGCUCUCGACUACGCUGGCUACCUGGUGAUGUCUCUGCACAACAUGAAGCUGGACACGAAUAUCCCCGUCGAGGUGCAACUCGUCGACGGCAAGAAGAUCAUCCACAACAAGGUGACCAACGACAAAGUGUGCUUCGUGCACGGCGGCGGGAACUCGUUCAGUCAGCUCAAGACUCUUGCGCAGGAGCUGCUCGUGUGAUGUCGCGCUGGCGAGGCUGGAGGCCGAGCGCGCCCCGACGCCCCGCUCCUCGCUCGAGCCCUGAGGGGCUGCCGCGCCUCUGUGCAGAGCCGAGCGCCCGGGCCUCCUCGGGAGCGCGUCCCGGCCAGGAUCCCUCGAGGGGCCCCUUGUCCGCCGCCGCGGAGCGACGAGGGCGCCCCCCGCGAGGUCGAGCAGCGCGCCAAAGGCGAAGCGAGAAGCCUCGAUCUUCGGAGCCUCUCGAUCCUCCGAGCCCCGAGGCCACCGCCCUUCUUCCUCUGCGCGCGGCGCUCCCCCCCGUGGGCGCUCAGCCCCGGGAGGACCCCAUGCCUUUUGACAGCAGCGCGCGGAGCGAGGAAAAAGGGGUCAUCCAUCUGUGGCGAUUGACAUGAGGACGUUUUCGCGACUGGUGGCGGACACACCGAUGAGCUACCAUGCCAUCUCCCGUCCCCGACCUCGAUCCUUUCCCCCUCCAACUCCCGUGUAGGGGAUUGACUACAGAAUUGAUUUACCCCGAUUGUGAUUCCCGC